AGGUCUGUCAGUCAGGGGUUGACGUCUACGUGGUGAGGUUUGGAACCACUAACCCGGUUGUACACUUAUAACCAUGGUUGAGACCCGUAGUGGGAAGGAGACUAGCCCCUACACCACUGAGCAGCAAGAAAAGAUGGCCGCCUUAGUCAGAGAGAGUAAGGAGAGGAAAGAGCGUGAAAAGCAAGUCAAGCUAAAGGCUAUCGCAGACGAGCAGGCGGCAAAGAUGAAGAGAUUGGGGGAGGAGAUAAAGAAAGUACAACAAGAGAAGGAAGAAAGAAGAAAAGUUGCUGAAGCAGAAGCGGCAGCAGAAGAAGAGAAAGAGAGGAUGAGGAUUGAGAGUGGAGAAGGGAGUAGUAGUGGCACGAUUACGAGGGAGACAGAUACAGGGCUGGAGAAGAAGAUCAGCGAGUGGGUCGCUAAUUUAUCGUUGGGAGAAGACGAGGAGGCAGAGUCCUAUGUAACUAAGGAUGAGAAGGUUGCGCUGGCCGAUGGAACGAAGAGAGAGGGAGGAGGAACAAAAGAGUGUAGAGCGGAGGUGCUGGCCCAACCAGACGAUAAGGCCAAGUGGGACAAAGUACUAGGGUAUCUGGAGGUGUUGAGUAAGGCCUGGAUGGAAGAGCGUCAGGCAAGCUGGAGCCAGGAUGUAGCGUUGAGUGCCAUGCGGUCAGGGUUUAAAGAUUUCGCGCGCGAGUUCGUCACCCAUAUUGGGGGCGAAGUGAAGCAAUUGAGAGAUAAUGUAGGGAAGUUUUGUGAGGGCGCCAUUCAGGGUGCCAAAGCHGUAGCCGCUGUAGAGGGAGAAGCCAGACCCCGUAAGAAUCCAGUGAAACUCAAGUUCCCAGAUGCGUACGGGGGGAAGAAGGAAGAAAACUUUGACAACUGGGAAGCCAGUGUCAAUAGUUAUAUUUAUUUGCAGCAUAUCUUGGUCGAGGAACAAGUCCUUGUGGCCUUCCAGGCCCUCAAAGAUGAAGCGGCUAGUUUUGCCAGGUCUCUUGCGCGUACAGCCGGUUGUGAAAACAACCUAGUUGUGUAUUCCAAAGUCACUCCUCUUUCUCAAUUCCUCAAGCUCCUCGAGGAGCGGUUCGCUGACCCAACGCGAGGCAUUAGAGCCUCAGAUAAGCUUCAAACGAUCCACUCGCGGCAGUGGAGGAGUGCUAAGGCACUCAAGAGUACUAUGGACGACUUGGUAGCCGUCCCUGACCACGGGGUCACCGAGCCCCAGUUGGUCAAGUUGUUUUAUCGUGCCAUCCCAGAGGCCCUACGCGGGCAUUUCUUUGACAAGUAUCAGCAGGCCGACAUCACAUAUGAUCAAUUGAGUAGGGAGGUCGUCCUGUAUGARUCAAAGUCUAURCCAGUUACCACUUUCUGGCAUAAGGACCUGGAGAAGGGGAAGAAGUGGAAGAAUCGUACUAUCUCAGGCCAAGUAAAGGCCAAGGAUCACAUGAUCCUGACGUUAGAGGAAGGUGGUACUGAUGAGGUCCCGUAUGAUCAGAUAGAGUGGGGCCUCGAAGAUGAUGGCAGUAGUGUGGGGCAAGGGAGGUCUUACGCUGCUGUCGCGGCCGGAGGGAGGCCGCAAGGUAGAGGAGGAGGCCAGGGCCAAAGGGGCCAGGCCAUGGGAGGCCGAGGACCGGGCGCACAGGGGGUUGGCGGACAGGGAAACCGCCAAGUGGGAGGUAGGGGUCAAGGUCCCCCGUUAAAUCRCCAGGGUAACCGGUCCCCACAACGAGGAGGUGGAAGGGAGCCUCAAGGAGGAUGGCACCCAGGCUUGCCGCAGGGCAGGCCCUGGGAAAAUCUGGGCUUGGACCAGCGCUUAUGGCAGGAACGCGUGAACAUGGGUCAGUGCGGAUUCUGUGGUGACCCGGCCCACGUUAUCAAAUUUUGUCCAAAGUAUAGACAGGCCCGUUGGGCUGCCCAGCAGUCAAAAGGCAGCCGCCAGUAGGGGUCGCAACUGCCCCUACUUCAAGGCCAUGUGGAGAAGUGAGCGCGCGCGAACAGGACACUCCCAACCCACAUGAGCUUAUGGCAGAGGUUGCAGGCCCGUGCCUUGAUAGCUGUCCAGAGACUGAUUGUAUUAGCGUCUCUUUAGGCACGUCCCUCACAGGUGUGGCAGAAGAAUUAAAGGAGAGGAUGCCCGCCUGGGCCAAAAUGAAGAAGGAGAGUAAAGGACAACUAAUUUU